AGAGCGAGUCUGCAUCGGCAACAGUCUUUUCUCAAUCGUGCACAGCACCCGAGCAAAGCGAAUACGCAGAUACAGGUUCGCAGCAGAAUUGAUUGCCAUCCAUGGCCAAGCUCACGGAUUUCCGCCUGCUGUGCUUCGAUGUGUACGGAACCUUGAUCGACUGGGAGACAGGCAUCCUCGCGGGCUUGAAUUCGCUGAGUGAAGCGAAACAGCUUACGCGUGACCAGACGCUCGAGCUGUACCACGAGCUGGAGAAAGAGCAGCAAACCAAGACUCCCGACAUGCCGUAUUCGCAACUGCUGGCCUCCAUCUACCCGCAGUUCGCUGCACGAGUCGGCGUCGGAGCGCCGUCCGCCCAAGAGUCCGAGGCGUUCGGGCAAUCCGUGGGCAGGUGGCCCGCGUUUCCCGACACGGUUGAUGCCCUCAAGCGGCUGUCUAAGUACUACAAACUGGUGGUGCUCUCGAACGUGGACCGGGAGAGCUUCAAGGCCACCAACGCCGGCCCGCUUGGAGGGGUGCGCUUCGACAGGAUCAUCACGGCCCAGGACGUCGGUUCCUACAAGCCCGACCUCCGCAACUUCGAGUACAUGCUCAAGACAGUCAAGACCGAGUUCGGCGUGGAGAAGAAUGAGGUCCUCCAGACUGCCCAGAGCCAGUUCCACGACCACCAUCCCGCGCGAGAGAUGGGCAUCAAGUCGGUGUGGAUCGAGCGGAGGGGGACCAUGGGCAACCGAGAUGAACAGAUUUAUGACUGGAAGUUCGUCACGCUGGGUGAGAUGGCCGAUGCGGUGGAGCAAGAGCUGGCCAGCAAAGGGGCCUGAGAUCCACGGCACCUUUGCGGCUUUAGAGAAGGCGAAGGAUGCGAUGCAAUACAAAGGGAGGGACGCAAGUUAGCAGGA